CUGACAUUGACAAUUUUGACAUAAGCCAAAAGCCGCAACUUGUGCUGUGCUACGCCAUUUAUUUUCGCAAUUUUAUCCGUCGAUUAAAACGUUUAUCGCUUAUUCGUGUAAAAAUGUAGAAUAUAUACUUGAUUCUUCUUUAUUUAGUGGAAAACGCAUUGUAGUGACGCUGUACCUUACUGAAAAUAAGCAAAUACUAUGACAUUCCAUUAUUCAGUAUUCGUCUACUUAUUUAUUUUGUUUACAAAAUGUGUUUUUGCAAAUGUGUGUAAAUUUGAUGUGAAAUUGACCCAAACACUUCAUAACGAAGGAUUUCAUAGAAACAUCACAUAUGGUGUAGUGUUUAAUGAAGAAGAUGAAUCCGAAGAUUGGAUUAACCGAGACUGCAUCAUAGCUUUGGAUCAGAAAUUACCACCAGGAGUGUAUGUCAACCCUGAUGAACUGGGGGAACUCAGGAGAACUAAUAAACUUAAUGCUUUACCAAAGAACAGAGUCAAUGUUGAGCUGCCAACAGAGCAGUCUGAUGAUAGCAGCGUGUACAUCAUUGGCAUGGUGUCCGAGAGCAAGGUGUACCUUUGGAUUCCCAUCCAUGCCAGAUACCAUAAAGCAGUCGCGGGGGGAGGGAUGGCCAAGAACGAAAUUGAACCACCAAAGAUGUACCUGCGCUGCCCUGAUCGAAGGCUAGACAUGUGUGGGAAGACCAUCUCACCGUCUGUUUCAUUCCUCUGCAAUGGUAGCUCUAGGGAACAGUGUAGUUGGAAAGAAAUACCUUUCACUAUGAUGACUAGCACUCUGGUCUGGGAGGUGCCAAUAGGCAAUCUGGACCAUUACUACGCCGUCGCGUUUGGGACUGUUUUAGCCAUCCUCUCUGGGUCCAUGUAUCUGCUCAAAGCAAUACAUGCAUACAAGAUGAGAAAGUUAAAGAGAGCAUAAGACUAUUUCUUUGUUAGUGUCUACUUAGUAGCCAUUUAGGUAUUUAUUAUUUAGGUAUUAACUUGUGCAAUAAAAUGUAAUAUGAGAAAUGGAACCCAAGAAUUUUAUUUUCCUUUGUAUACUUAACUGUAAAAUCAUUAAAAUCACGGCAGAAUUGGUCAUAACCAUAGAUAAAUUUCUGGUUGAACAAUGACCUCAAUAUACUUCCAAAUUUGAAUGUAACUGUCAACGGUAUUAAAAACCCUAGACACACCACGUGCGCUUAUAAUGUGUCCCAAUCAAGAAGUGCU